CCUAAUAAAUAAAGUGAUCAUUGAGUUAGUGUUACUAGAACCUUGGUCUGCUAGCUUUGUUUCUCUCAUUCACAUUCAUGGGUUCUGGGCUUCCAGAUCUUGGAUAAUAUUCUGUACCAGCUGCGUCUGGAGGGGAGCUACAGCAAUUUUGGUCUGGGGCAUGGAACCUCUGUGUGAGUUUUGUUGGGCUGUGAUAGCUGUGGUUUAUUGCAAGUCAGAUUGUGCUCGUCUCUGCUUGCAUUGCGAUGGCUGUGUGCACUCUGCAAAUUCUCUGUCUCGCAGGCAUUCGCGUUCUCUCCUUUGUGAUAAGUGCUAUUCCCAGCCAGCAGUGAUACGUUGCAUGGAUCAUAAGUUGUCCUCGUGUCAAAGUUGUGACUGGAACCCGACUGCUUGUUUUGCAGCGGGACAUAGGCGCCUCACGUUGAAUUGUUACAAUGGUUGUCCUUCUUUGUCGGAGUUUUCUAGGAUGUGGUCCUUUGUGUUUGAUGAUAGUUCCUCACAAGCUGGUUGGGAAUCUGUUAGCACUUUGCUAAAAAGUGAUAGCUGCACUAGCCUGGAGCAACCUGAUCACAAUGGUGGUUCCUUUAGUUUGGUGAUUGAGAAGUUGGAUGAAAUUGAAUCUUGUGUCAGAUAUGAACCUUGGAUGGGGCAACCUCACAUCAUUCCUUCAAAUCCAAAUUACACACCGUACUGCAAGGAAGAAAGAUUUUUCCUAGCUCAGGACUCAAACCAGCCAAAGACGCAGGAGUGUACUGAUCGAGGAACUGGUGAUGGGAAUGGACUCUCUGAAGGUCUCAAUGUGGACAGAGCUCCAAUAAAUUUUGAAAGUGCUGAAGAAAUAUUUGGCUGUUCACAAGCUGCCACUAGAUACCCUCUUGAAGAUGGAGGAGUGGACUGUCUAUUGAUGGAUAAAAAAUUAUCAGUCACCGAAUCUAGUUCACUUAUUGAGAGUGCCUUAGAGGCAUCAUCAUCAAUUCAACAAGAUUGUGUGGCUUUUCAGUCAUCUAGGACACCUGGAUCAGUUAGUAUGUUGCAGGUUAUGAACAGUAACACAAACUGUGCACUUAUGAAUCCUAGCAGCACUGGAAACAUCAGUCUGGGAUUUUCUCAGGGUCAAGUUCAUUCAAGCAUACCUCUUCAAUUAGGCAACAUUGUGGGUGAAAAUAGUUCUACUGAAUAUCAAGACUACGGGAUAUCGCCAAUGUUUCUGCCGGGUGAAAUCCCCUGGGAAUCAAAUAUGGAGGGUACAUGCCCACAAGCAAGGGAUAAGGCUAAAAUGAGAUACAAUGAGAAAAAGAAAACUCGAACGUACGCACCUUUAAUUCUCUACAUAUUUUAUGGUUUGGUAAGCAAAUAAGAUAUGCAUCUCGGAAAGCAAGGGCCGAUACUAGAAAACGUGUGAAAGGUAGAUUUGUUAAAGCAGGCGAAGCAUAUGAUUAUGACCCUCUUGUGACAAGGGAGGUCUAAGAAUAUUAUCUGCAUGAAAGAUAUGCUUUUUCUGACUGGUUAGUCUGUCAUUGGACGUUGUAAGUACAUUGCAUUCUUUUCAAGGGAUGUUUUGUUUAUAACCUGAAAGCAGAUAGAUAAUUAUUCAAAACUUGACUGCUUGGGUGAUUGAUACAGAUUUAUUAGAGAUUUUAACAGGUUAGUAUUUAGAAGAUAAAAAAGAUAUGUAAUUGGGAAUUGCACAGGAAGGGAUUGACAUUGCAUUUAAUUAUACAUAGGAACAAAGAAGAGCCCAACGUUUGAACAGAUUUCAAAAACAGCAUCACGGUCACUAUGAAUUCAGAUAAACACACGGGGCCUACAUUUGCUUCCUUGCUUUAAGAGGAGAUGUACAUAGUUAUCCACACCUGAAUUUGAAAGGUGAGACACUGUUAUGUGUAAACACCGUCUAGAAUAAAAGGAAAACUGGUGUUUGGCAAGCAACUAUAGUCAACCUCACAUUGUCUGCUGUCAGUUUGGUCCUUCCUCAAAGAGAUCCUUCACACGACAAUAUUCUGUCAUCCUAAGCCAUUGUUCAAGAACAACACCUAUCAAAAAAAUUCUUCAAGAACAACACCAUAAAAAAAUCAUUCAAGAACAACUACACCAUAAUUUGGAACAUCUUCGUUUCUCCCAUUUUCAUCAGAUUAGUGAGCACGAUCACCUAUGGAUUGAGAUGCCAUUGUUGUUCUUGACUUGCUGGAAGCCAGUUUCACUUUGCCUCAACUAUUUCAUUGCUUCUAUGACUCUAUUUUCUGAGGAUGAUACUUGCUUCUUUAAUAACUGUACAAAGUACAAACUUUUCUCAAGGGAAGUUUGUUUAGGUUACUUCUCCAUUAUUUUCCGGGUUUCUAUCUGCCUUUUCAUGGUAUGGUGCAGAAGUACUGAAAUACAAUAAAUUUUCUCAUCAUAAUAAAGUAGUUAUGGGAUUUUCCAUUUCUG